CCGCGGCCCGACUGCAGAGAGCCGAGGCUCCGUCACGUGUUUUGCUCCUCCGGAGUGAGACGGCGGCGCGGUCUGGGGGCCGGCGCGCGGUGCCAGACGCCGCCGCCUCUUGUUUUGGUUGGGGCUCUCGGCAACUCUCCGAGGAGGAGAAGGAGGAGGAGGGAGGAGAGAAGUAACUGCGGCGGCUGCGCCUCGGGAGGACCAGGCGUCUUCCCCCGAUCUCUUCCCAAACCACCUCCCUCGCCUCCCUCCCUCAUCCCCUCCCCUCCUCCCUUGCGGACUGGAGCUUGGGGCAGGGAUGAGUCUGUCCCUCUGGACCGUCCCCUGUUCCCCUGGCUGCCCAGUAGCGUUGCGCGUGGAAAAGCCACUUUCCCCGCCCGCCGAGAUGGGCUCCAGUGCGGGCUGCAGAGGACGCGUCCUCGGGCGGCGGCAGCAGCAGCAGCAACAGCCGCAGCGCCGCGGUCUCUGCGAUUGAGCUGGUAUUUGGGCGGCUGGUGGCGGCGGGGACGGUUGGAGGGUGGGAGGAGACGGAGGAGGAGGAGAAGGAGGAGGAGGGAGAACCCCGUGCAACGUUGGGACUUGGCAGCCCGCCUCCCCCUGCCCAAGGAUAUUUAAUUUGCCUCGGGAAUCGCUACUUCAGAGGGAAACUCGGGAGGGAAGGCGCGCGCGCCUGAAGGGCCAAGCUGGGACUCCUCGGUCGCCGCUGCGUUCCUGCACCGCACUUGACCAGGGGCGGCGAGGGAUGCAUCUAAGCUUCUUCUAGGCUGCAGAGACUCAGGGAAGACUUGAUCCUCAGAAGAUCGCGCCCGGACUCACUCUAGACACACUGCCUUCCCCUCUGGGCAUGAAACGCCCUUAAACUCGGGUCGGGCAGUCUUCCUUGGCGCAGCUACCUCGUCCUUCGGCUGCCCCUCCCCAGCACCGAGAACAGCGAGGAUUUCGGAAUCAGGGUUUCUGCUUCCUCCAGCGCGGAGUGCAUGUGCCGGGCCGCAUCGAAAAGCCUCCCCCCAGCCAGUUUUUCGGCACCUCCCUCUGCUCCGCAGCAGCAUGGCGAGCCCUCCGGAUACCGAUGGCUUCUCCGACGUGCGCAAGGUGGGCUACCUGCGCAAACCCAAGAGUAUGCACAAGCGCUUUUUCGUGCUGCGGGCAGCCAGCGAGGCCGGGGGCCCGGCGCGCCUGGAGUACUAUGAGAACGAGAAGAAGUGGCGGCACAAGUCGAGCGCCCCCAAACGCUCGAUUCCCCUCGAGAGCUGUUUCAACAUCAACAAACGGGCUGACUCCAAGAACAAGCACCUGGUGGCUCUCUACACCCGAGAUGAACACUUUGCCAUUGCGGCAGAUAGUGAGGCUGAGCAAGACAGCUGGUACCAGGCUCUUCUGCAGCUGCAUAAUCGAGCAAAGGCCCACCAUGACGGGGCUGGAGGCUGCGGUGGUAGUUGCAGCGGCAGCUCUGGCGUCGGAGAGGCAGGGGAGGACUUGAGUUAUGACACGGGCCCAGGACCUGCGUUCAAGGAGGUCUGGCAGGUUAUCCUGAAACCCAAAGGCCUGGGUCAGACAAAGAACCUGAUUGGCAUCUACCGCCUCUGCCUGACCAGCAAGACCAUCAGCUUUGUGAAGCUGAACUCCGAGGCAGCGGCUGUGGUGCUGCAGCUGAUGAACAUCAGACGCUGUGGACACUCAGAGAACUUCUUCUUCAUCGAGGUGGGGCGUUCCGCCGUGACAGGGCCCGGCGAGUUCUGGAUGCAAGUUGAUGACUCCGUGGUAGCCCAGAACAUGCAUGAGACCAUUCUAGAGGCCAUGCGGGCCAUGAGCGAUGAGUUUCGCCCGCGCAGCAAAAGCCAGUCUUCAUCGGGUUGCUCCAACCCCAUCAGUGUUCCCCUUCGCAGGCACCAUCUCAACAAUCCUCCACCCAGCCAGGUGGGGUUGACUCGCCGAUCUCGCACCGAGAGCAUCACUGCCACCUCCCCUGCCAGCAUGGUGGGUGGGAAACCAGGUUCCUUCCGGGUGCGUGCCUCCAGUGAUGGCGAGGGCACCAUGUCCCGUCCUGCAUCAGUGGAUGGCAGUCCUGUGAGCCCUAGCACCAACAGGACCCACGCCCAUCGCCAUAGAGGCAGCUCCCGGCUGCACCCACCACUCAACCACAGCCGCUCCAUCCCUAUGCCUUCUUCCCGCUGCUCACCUUCAGCCACCAGCCCAGUGAGUCUGUCGUCCAGUAGCACUAGUGGCCAUGGCUCCACCUCAGACUGUCUCUUCCCGAGGCGCUCUAGUGCUUCCGUGUCCGGUUCUCCUAGUGAUGGCGGUUUCAUCUCUUCUGAUGAGUAUGGUUCUAGUCCCUGCGAUUUCCGAAGUUCCUUCCGCAGUGUCACCCCAGAUUCCUUGGGCCACACCCCACCAGCCAGGGGUGAGGAAGAGCUGAGCAACUAUAUCUGCAUGGGUGGCAAGGGAGCCUCCACUUUGACUGCUCCCAAUGGUCACUACAUUUUGUCCAGGGGUGGCAAUGGCCAUCGCUACAUCCCAGGUGCUAGCUUGGGGAUAAGUCCGGCGUUGCCUGGGGAUGAAGCCACCAGCGCGGCAGAUCUGGAUAACCGGUUUCGGAAGAGAACUCACUCCGCAGGCACGUCCCCUACCAUUUCUCAUCAGAAGACCCCCUCGCAGUCUUCAGUGGCUUCUAUUGAGGAGUAUACAGAGAUGAUGCCCGCUGCCUACCAACCAGGAGGUGGCAGUGGAGGCCGACUGCCCAGCUACCGGCAUUCCGCCUUCGUGCCCACCCACUCCUAUCCGGAAGAGAGUCUAGAGAUGCACCCCUUGGAGCGUCGAGGGGGCCACCACCGUCCAGACACUGAUGAUGGCUACAUGCCCAUGUCUCCAGGGGUGGCUCCAGUGCCCAGCAACCGUAAAGGAAAUGGGGACUAUAUGCCCAUGAGCCCCAAAAGUGUGUCUGCCCCACAGCAGAUCAUUAACCCCAUCAGACGCCACCCUCAGAGAGUGGACCCCAAUGGCUACAUGAUGAUGUCUCCCAGUGGCAGUUGCUCCCCUGACAUUGGAGGUGGGUCCAGCAGCAGCAGCAGCGCAGCCCCUUCUGGGAGCAGCUAUGGGAAGCCAUGGGCAAAUGGAGUAGGGGGGCACCAUCCUCAUGCCCUGCCUCAUUCGAAACCUCCUGUUGAGAGUGGUGGUGGCAAGCUCUUGCCUUGCACAGGCGACUACAUGAACAUGUCACCGGUGGGAGACUCCAACACCAGCAGCCCCUCAGAAUGCUACUACGGUCCAGAAGAUCCCCAGCACAAGCCAGUCCUUUCCUACUACUCAUUGCCAAGGUCUUUUAAGCACACCCAGCGCCCUGGGGAGCCAGAGGAGGGUGCCAGGCAGCAGCAUCUUCGUCUCUCUUCUAGCUCUGGACGCCUUCUCUACACCGCUACUGCAGAAGAUUCUUCCUCUUCUACCAGCAGUGACAGCCUGGGUGGGGGUCACUAUGGGGCUAGGCCGGAGUCUGGCCUCCCUCAUCCCCACCACCAUGUCUUGCAGCCCCAUCUACCUCGAAAGGUAGACACGGCUGCACAGACCAACAGCCGUCUGGCCCGGCCCACAAGGCUGUCCUUGGGAGAUCCCAAGGCAAGCACCUUACCCAGGGUAAGGGAGCAGCAGCAGCAGCAACCUUCGCUGCACCCUCCGGAGCCCAAGAGCCCAGGGGAAUAUGUGAAUAUUGAAUUCGGGAGUGGCCAGCCUGGCUAUUUAGCUGGCCCUGCGACUUCCCAUAGCUCCCCUUCAGUCCGAUGUCCACCCCAGCUCCACCCAGCUCCCAGAGAAGAGACUGGCUCGGAAGAGUACAUGAACAUGGACUUGGGGCCAGGCCGGAGGGCAGCCUGGCAGGAGAGUGGUGGGGUUGAGUUGGGCAGAGUAGGCCCUGCACCUCCAGGGGCUGCUGCCAUUUACAGGCCAACCCGGUCGGUGCCAAGUAGCCGCGGUGACUACAUGACCAUGCAGAUAGGUUGUAGUCGUCAAAGCUAUGUGGAUACCUCAUCAGUGGCCCCAGUCAACUAUGCUGACAUGCGGACAGGCAUUGCUGCAGAAUCGGUGAGCCUGCCCAGAACCACAGGGGCUGCUCCCUCUUCAUCCUCCACGGCCUCUGCUUCUCCUGCUGCACCUCAAGGAGCAGCUGAGAAGGCUGCUCCCUCUUCCCUGCUGGGAGGCCCUCAGGGACCUGGGGGCAUGAGCGCAUUCACCAGAGUGAACCUCAGUCCCAACCAUAACCAGAGUGCCAAAGUGAUUCGGGCAGACACUCAAGGGUGCCGGAGGAGACAUAGCUCCGAGACCUUCUCAGCACCUACUCAUGCUGGCAACACGGUGUCCUUGGGAGCAGGGGCUGCAGUAGUGGGCAGUGGUGGCGGCAGCGGUGGCAGCAGCAGCAGUGAGGAUGUAAAGCGCCACAGUUCUGCAUCAUUUGAGAACAUGUGGCUGAGACCUGGGGAUCUAGGGGGAGCCUCCAAGGAGACGGCUCCAGUGUGCGGGGCUGCUGGGGGUCUGGAGAAAAGUCUUAACUACAUAGACCUGGAUUUGGCCAAGGACGUUAAACAGCGUUCUCAGGAGUGCCCUUCUCAACAGCAGCCCCUACCACCCGCUCCCCCUCACCAGCCCUCAGGCAGCAGCGAGGGCAGCUCCCCCAGACGCUCCAGUGAGGAUUUAAGUACUUAUGCCAGCAUCAGCUUCCAGAAGCCGCCAGAGGACCGUCAAUAGCUCAACUGGACAUCACAGCAGAAUGAAGACCUAAAUGACCUCAGAAAAUCUUCCUUUAACUCAUGGGUACCCAGACUCAAACUAUUUCACAAUUCACAAGCAGAACCUCACGUCUUCCUCUUCAGUAGAUGGUACGAUGCAUCCAUUACAGUUUGUUUACUUUGUACAAUCCUCAGGAGUUCAUUGACGGAACUGCACGUUCCAUAUUGUGCCAAGCAUCAAGAAAGCACUGUGACACUGGGGCGAUGAGUCUGCGUAAACUUCGUCUUGAACCUUAAAGACUUAGCUGACCAUGAUGAGCUGGUGUGCCCACCACCAUGCCGCAAGAGAAUGGUUUUAUUCUCAUCGCAUCUACAACGUACGUUUCAUCGACUCUGAAAGCGUGUUCCAUGAAGCACCACUGUAAAUUAUUUCAUACGGAACUGUUCACAUUGGGUGGAGAGAGAUUAUUAAAUAUUUAACAUAGGUUUUGAUUUAUAUGUGUAAUUUUUUAAUGAAAAUGUAACUUUCCUUGCAGCACAUCUUUUUUUUUGGAUGUGGAACUAAGGUAUUCAGUGUUCUGUUAUAAAGAGUGGAGCAAAUGCUUAAAAUAAGGCUAAAAAGAGUAGUCUAGGGUAUGAUCCUUGUUUUAAGAUUCUAAUUCAGAAAAAUAAUAUAAUAAGAAUCAUAGUGCCAUAGAAGGUUCUGUACUGGAUAGUUAUACUUGCUGAUAUUGUCUCUUGUAAUAUAAACUUGAUGUUGAGAUGAGUUCCUUUUAAAAAUUAAUCUUAGGGGUUUUUUUGUUUUGUUUUGAUUUUU